UUUACAAAAUAUUUAAAUAAUGUGUUAUGUGUAUAUUUAAUAAUAAUUAAGUUAGUUUUACGAGAAAUAACACAAAAUUAAAUAAAUUUGAUGGUUUAACUAUAUUUUUUUUGUUAGUAGAUGCUUACUGUUUAUAUUUUAAUAAUAUAGAUUUACAAAAUAAUUAAGGAGGUCUUAUUGGAUAAAGGAUUUGAGAGUAUUUCAUGUUUUUUUUUUCAAAUUUCCUCUUAUUAUAUCUAUCAUUAAUAAGGAUUAAUCAGUUGUAUAAGUUUUCUCAAAUUACAGUUUAUUGGAAAUAUGUAUCUUAUCAAUAAAAAAGUUUAAAUAGAAUUUUGUAAGAUUUGGAUGAUAUUUUAUAGUAAAAAAACAUUGAAUCAAAAUACCACCUCCUAUGAAGGGAAACUUUUUAAAAAGUAAAAAAAAGUUUACUUCACAUUUUAAAAAAAAUAAUUAACUGUACGAAAUUAAUAUAUAUAUAUAUAUAUUUGAAAAUCAGUUUUUUUGAAACUUUUAUAUAUUUUAUAUAUUUCAUGGAACGACAAAAUAUCAAAUUAUAGUAAUUUAAAAAUAAAAUAAAUAUUUAAAAUUUAAAAGUUUUUUUUCAAAACUCUGAAAUCUCUUCAAAAUCCAAAAAAUUUGUAACAAAUCUUUUUAAGAUUUACUCAAAUCUUGGAUUUUAUUGCAUUUACUCAAUCUUGAAUUCUAUCGUAUCUUUGACUUAAUAAGCCAAAUAAUAUAUUUCUUGAAUAAACGUUGAUAUAUCUAACUGUAAGAAGAUUUGACAAUAAAAGUAAUUCUAUAAAAGUGAGGAUUCUUGAAUAAUACUAUUAAGAAAAAAAUAUAUCUCUUGCCAAUUUGUCUUAAAGGCUACAUUUUCAAAAUCACAAUAUCUCUGAUAGUGACCACAUAGGAGUAUUUAUAAAUUUUAUAAUCCAAAAGGUCAAGAAAAUGGGCGGAAAGCUGAAUGGGUCUAAACCAAACACACACAUAACUAUGAAGGUUUUGUCUGCUUUAUAGAUUCUCCGUAUCCUGUCUAAACAACAAUUGGAUAAAGUACAUAGAUGUUCGGUCUUUUCACAAAAACCCAUAGAGAAAAACACAGAGUCCUCUGCUUCGUCAAUUUCAAUGGAGAAGAAGAAGAAUGGUGUGCGAGUGAUUCUCUUCCCGUUGCCAUUACAAGGCUGCAUAAACCCUAUGCUUCAGCUCGCCAACAUCCUUCACUCACAAGGCUUCUCAAUCACUGUCAUCCACACGCGGUUCAACGGUCCAAAAGCUUCGAACCAUCCUCUCUUCACCUUCUUAGAGAUUCCAGACGGCUUGUCUGAAUCCCAGAUCAACGACGAGCCUACCUCUAAUGUUAUGUCUCUCCUCGCGCAAAUCAACGUCAACGCUGAGUCCCCGUUUCGUGAAUGCUUGCAGAAGCUGUUGCUUGAAGAAUCAGAGAAGGUUAGCUGUUUGGUCGAUGAUUGUGGAUGGCUCUUCACACAAUCUGUCGCAGAGAGUUUGAAUCUCCCGAGGCUUGUUCUCUCUACUUUCAAAGCCACUUUCUUGAAUGCUUAUCCUAUUCUCCCGCGUAUCCGAACCAAAGGCUAUCUUCCAGUUUCAGAUUCGGAAGCAGAGGACUCUGUUCUUGAGUUCCCUCCGCUUCUAAAGAGAGACCUGCCAAGGAUUUUCGGAGAAGACGGAGAGAAACUCGAUCCAUUCUUAGAUACUAUCGUCGACACGACGAUGACAUCUUCAGGUCUAAUAUUCAUGUCCUGCCAAGAGCUGGAGAAAGAUACGUUGACUCUCUCCAACGAAAUCUUCAAGGUUCCAGUCUUUGCGAUUGGUCCGUUUCACAGCUACUUCUCCGCUUCGUCUAGUAGCCUUUUCAGACAAGACGAGACUUGCAUUCAUUGGUUAGAUAAUCAAGAAGAUAAGUCCGUUAUCUACGUGAGUCUAGGAAGCGUUGUGAACAUAACGGAAUCAGAGUUUUUGGAGAUUGCUUGGGGUUUAAGCAAUAGCAAACAGCCUUUCUUGUGGGUGGUACGACCCGGUUUGGUCUUAGGCGCAGAGUGGAUCGAGUUACUCACCGAAGAGCUCGUGAGGAGCCUUGAGAAAAAAGGGAAGAUAGUGAAGUGGUCUCCACAACAGGAGGUUCUUGCGCACCGAGCCGUUGGUGGGUUCUUGACACACAAUGGUUGGAACUCGACGCUGGAGAGUAUAUGCGAAGGGGUUCCUAUGAUCUGUUUGCCUGGAGGUUGGGAUCAAAUGCUGAACGCAAGAUAUGUGAGCGAUGUUUGGAGGGUUGGUAUUCAUUUGGAGGGUAAGAUCGAGAGGAAGGAGAUCGAGAAAGCUGUGAGGAUGUUAAUGGUUGAAAGUGAAGGAGAAAAGAUUCGUGAGAGGAUGAAUGUUUUGAAAGAUGAGGUUGGGAGAUCGGUUAAAGAUGGUGGCUCGUCUUUUAGGUCUAUAGAAGCCCUAACGAAUCAUAUACUAUCGUUGUAAUAAUGGGAAUAUUUAGCAAAAAAAAACACCUAAACAUUCCUCCAAAAUGCAAAAUAUUCACAAUAAUGUUUUGAUUGUGAAAUAACCUCUUUAUGUCAAAAAAAAUUUGCUUAAGAUGUAACAAAAGCUAUAUAUAUAUUGCAAGUGAUGUAAUCGAAAACUUUCAAUAAACUUGUUUGUAACAACA